GACAUUUUCUGUUUUACCUGCUGGCAGGUUUACCUUCAUUUACACAGACAUUGUUUUCCUUCGUUCAUUACCCUGAUCAUUCUUGAACACCUUGACACUAGUCGAUAAAGUGUUGAAUCUCCUCUUCCUUCAUUAUGCUUGCCUCUCUUGGUUCUAUGCUCGCGCUAGCAGCGAUUGCUAGAGCCAGUCCAUUGCUUCCCAGAGCAGUCGAUUCGCUCAACGAAGAGGCUACGGCGGAAGCCCAACAGCGGGACGACAGUGCUACCCGUGCCUCUUCCAAUGUCCAAAUCAAGACAUCGGACGGGAGAUGUCUUUUCGUUGACCAACUGUCCGGCGACUUCCGCGCAAACUUGACCCCUAUACAGGUUGCCGACUGUGGUUCUACCGAUGGUCAGGGGUGGGAUGUUAUCACGAGCGGCAAGCAUAUCUCCGGAGACGGUGGUAUGCUCGUGGUGAGCACGUUGACACAAGCCUGCUUCAGCUACGAUCCCCGUCGGGCGGCUGGAAACCAGGUCAUUCUCUUUUCAUGCGGUGGCCGAGCUGAUGGUGGUGGCGAGGUCACUGACUCCCAGAUAUUUGCCUUUGACGGCUCAUCUGGACCUCUUUCCUUCCAGCCUCAAAAUGCAAAGGACACAUGCUUCACGGUCUCGGGUGACACUAUUAACGUUGCACCAUGCAACCCGGGCGAAUCUAGCCAGUCGUUCGCCUUUGGAGACGGCGCCGGUAGUGGAAACAACAAUGGAGGAGGAAACGCUGACACGGGAGGGGAUACCAACACUGGGGGAAAUACCGACGCACAAGAGAGCACCACUUCACAACAGCCGACAACCUUCGCCACUCAAGUCACCACGACAGCUGAUGCUACGGCCACGGCGUCCGUCACUUCGUCCCCGAACGGCGGGUCGGGUUCAGGUCCAGGAAGCAGUUCCGGAAACGGCGGCAUUCCCACCUUCAACCCGACCGAAGCUGUACCGGUUUCGCGGGCAGGUGGUACUUUGCAGUCCACAGCAGUUGCAGAGUCUCACCAGCGAGAUGAUACGGCCACCCGCACUUUCAGCGAUGUCUCGAUCCGGGCCCCCGACGGACGGUGUCUCUUUGUUGAUCCGACAGCUGGCGACUUUCGCGAGAACUUGAUCCCCAUUCUACUGGUGGAGUGUACUGGAUCCCCCAAUGAGAAAUGGGACGUUCUUACCUCGGGAAAGCAUAACCAACAGGACAAAAAUGGGACACCGGCUGCUUUGAUAGUCAGCACUCUGGUUUGUUUGCACAUCUAUGACGUGGUGAAGAGCGACGUCGGGCUAACUGAGCGUGGUCUAUGCAGACUCAGGGCUGUCUCAACUUUGACGGCCGCCGAGCGGCUGGUGAUACAGUCAUGCUCUUCUCCUGUGGUGGACGUGCCGCUGGUGAUUUCUGACCGCGAACACACAGAGGGUGAAACCAGCACCGGACAACAAUUCCCGUUCAACGGAGCAACCAGCUUUGCUCUUGCACCGAUCAGUGAGAAGGGCUCGAUUUGCCUGAUUGCUGGCGAUGAGAGGGUGGACUCGGGAGCAUGCCCCGACGAUGGAAGCCAACUGUUUUCCAUCUUUUAG